AUGUCUAAUCUACCCUCCCUCUCUCCUCUGUCUCUGGACAAAACGGAGACAUCCACCAUGGCACUAGUCUGGCAUGGCACGUUCUCAUUCGACGGUGUCUACUUCGCCACAACACCCAGCAAAGACCUCCGCAUUCGCCGGGCGACGCACGAAAGCCUCUGUGACAUUUCCGACCCAAACGGUACAUUCGAUCACGAUCUGGAUUGGUAUCAGGCACAGCUCAUGCACCAUGGCCUGCCCCUCUCAAACAAUCACGCAACAGCCAAGAUGCGCCUUCUCGAAGCCUUCCAAGAUGGCACACUGACGGUACCAAAGGGAAUUUUGAAACUCGAGCACAACCUGGAGAAGGAAUGGAACCGACGUUACUUGCAGACCUCGGGAGCUUUUAUUGAAAGAAAAACCAAGGCUGUGGUGGCAAGUGUGGCCCAGAGGAAGUUGAGAGACAAGCUGGGCUCCCCAUUCCACUUCAAGUUCCAGAACAACGUUGCAGCAGUCUCAGAGAACCGCGGUCUGAAGAGAAAGGGCGAUGUCUUUACUGAUCCGCCGGAACAAAAGAGAAAUAAAUCUCAACACGCAACGGCCAAUACUGCGCAGAGGGUUGCACACGCCAACUAUGGAGUCACCUUGAGCACGCGUUUCAAGGAGCACAGAACCAGUACGGAACAACAAAGCGGAGUGACAUCAACCGGCGACUCAAAGACUGGACUACCAGAAGGUCAGAUCAUUGUGCGCAGCCGAAACCAGGCCCAGACUGGACACAAGGCUGGCCUUGAUGCUCGUGCAGUGGACCCGGGAACGAACCAAGUUGACGGAUCCACUGAUUACUCGGACUUUCCCACACCACCAUGUCCCCAAGUCGAACUUGCCCAAGCACCAGCUCAGUCCAGCCUAACACUGCGAAACGGCACUGUGAGGAUCUACGACGGCAAAUGCGUACUUCACCCACUGGACAGUGAUUCCCAGUACGGAGAAGAUCCUAAUACCGACCGAGACGAAACACUUCCCGUGACCUUUACAUUGGGAGAGGGACAAUGGUGUGGAAUUUGGAUGAACGAAAUCGGAUUCCAAGGAUUCCUGCGAGCUUCCGGGGGUAUCGUCAGCUUUUCGCCCUACACGUGCCGUGCCAUUCAUCACGUCCAUGCCAUUUUAGGAACCGCGUACUUCGAGCUCAUCCAAGAUGACAGAAUCCAACUUUAUAUCGAUUUCGUGGAUUGGGGUACCCUGACGAUGGAUCUUAAUUUCACCGGGGUUGGGGCAGAUGCAUUUGCUCCGGAAUUCUUGAAGAUGCUCGAAGCUGGUUGGGAUCUUUCUAAGCCUGGCAUGACUCCACGGGUCAGUCCAAGCAACAAUGCCCAGUGA